AUGUCGCUCGUGUCCGGCGAGAAGACGAACUUCCAGUUCAUUCUGCGUCUGCUUAACACCAACGUCGAUGGCAAGCAGAAGAUUAUGUACGCCUUGACCCGUAUCAAGGGUGUCGGCCGUCGUUACUCCAACCUGGUCUGCAAGAAGGCCGAUGUCGACCUGACCAAGCGCGCCGGAGAGAUCACCUCUGAGGAGCUCGAGCGUAUCGUCACCAUCAUCCAGAACCCGACCCAGUACAAGAUCCCCACCUGGUUCCUGAACAGACAGCGCGACAUCACCGAUGGCAAGGACGGCCAGGUCCUCGCCAACGGUCUCGACAGCAAGCUCCGUGAGGACCUUGAGCGUCUGAAGAAGAUCCGCUCUCACCGUGGUCUCCGUCACUACUGGGGUCUCCGUGUCCGUGGACAGCACACCAAGACUACCGGUCGCAGAGGCCGUACCGUCGGUGUCUCCAAGAAGAAGGGCUAA